AUGUUUAAACUUGGGAUCUGCUUAUUAAAGACACAGACCCAAUCUGAAGUUGAUCAAUGUCAAGCCUAUUACGAAGCCGUGGGAGGGGUAAAGAAAAGAAGAAUAUACGGUCUUGGAUCUCAAGCACAAUUAUAUUACGGGCCGAAUCUUCGUCCCUCUUCUAGAUCUGAUGCUACAUCCUCAAUACCACUUGUAAAUACUCAACCAGCAGCUACGGGAAAUUUGGAUGAGUUAGUGAUGCGAUUGAUUCCUGCACUGACCGAUAGCAUUAUUCAUGCACUGACAGAUUGCAUGCUUCAUGUAAUUGUUGUGCGGGUGCGUGGAUUGGUUUCUUCAUCCUCUUCUCAGCUAGACACUCAUACUCCUACUGACCAUCCAUUAUAUAUGGCGCCUAUAGUUCCAGUUGCAGCUAUUGCCAACAUUGAUGAGGUUCUUGCAUCGGUUUCUGAUGAUGACUGUAGCUCUCCAGUCUCUCAUUAG